AUGCUUCUUAGUAAAUACACUCUUGCGGCGUUCAGCUUUAUAUCCGCAGUGACGGCUGUCACCAUCACACAAGACACUAUCGAUCGUGGCGCUAUCUCCCUUGGGCUUGGUGAUACCAUCAUUGAAGAUGGGGUAUAUUGGUCUAUCAUUGAUAACGUCAUUACAGCUUUUGCAGGUAAUGUUGAUGUGGGUACAGGGUCUGGGUUGUACAUCACAGGCCUCAAUCCCUUGCUUGCCUUACAGGUGACUCUUUUGCUGGGGUCCCUUACUAAUGACGGUAUCAUUUCCUUCAAUGCUGUUCAAUCUUUGCUUGCUCCAACAUACAAUCUUGUGGGAAUCUCAUUUACCAACAAUGGUGAAAUGUAUUUAGGUGCCGAUGGUUCUGUUGGUAUCCCCAGCAUCCUGAUUACCACCCCAGUUUGGAACAAUAACGGUUUGUUGGUUUUUUACCAAAAUACUAGAACCACGGGUCCUGUCAAUUUGGGUACAAUUGGUCUUACUAUUAACAAUAACGGACAAAUUUGCUUUUACAACGAAUUGUAUACCCAGACAACAAACAUUGCUGGUACUGGAUGUAUGACUUUAAAUGACGAUUCAAGUAUUUUUUUCUCUAAUACCCUUUUGAAUAUCGAUAGCAACCAGGUCUUUUACUUGGCAGAUUCUGCCUCCUCGAUCAGAGCAACUGCCAUAAGUGCCCCCAAGACCUACAAUGUUGCUGGGUUCGGUAAUGGCAACAAGAUUGGUUUAGAUAUUCCACUUGUUAACAUUCCCCCUUUACUCAAUGCUUACUCAUACGAUACCACCACUGGUAUUUUGACACUUCGUGGUGCUGGAUUGUUAUCAAUGAAUUUCAACAUUGGUUUAGGCUAUAACCCAUCUCUUUUCUCCAUUGUAACCGAUGACAACGUUGGUUUGCUUUCGGUUCCGUUCGGUGCGCUUACCUAUUCUGGUCCUCCUCCAAACGUAGUGCCGUCGGUAUGUCAACCAUGUAAGCUACUUCCACCCGCACCAGGCACUAGUGCUACUGAGUUCACUACAACUGCAACUUCCACCAAUUCUGCUGGUUCAUCUUCUGAAAGUUCCUCUUCGAGUGAGACUUCAUCGACUGAAAGUUCGUCUUCUGAAAGUUCCUCUUCGAGUGAGACUUCAUCGACUGAAAGUUCGUCUUCUGAAAGUUCCUCAUCGAGUGAGACUUCAUCGACUGAAAGUUCGUCUUCUGAAACUUCAUCUUCC